GCGCCUAGGCUCUUCUGGCGGACAGAGGUGGGGGACGCGAGCGGCGCCUCCCAGCUAGUCACGCAGCCUACCGCGGUGCACCGAGGCUGCAGGGGCAGAGCUGAGCGGCAGGGAGGGCUCUCUAGGCCUUGAGCGCGCUCUGUGUGUUGUUGGAGUCUGGCCUUAGGUUCUGGCGUGGGAAGGAGAGCAAGGGCGCUGGAGGAGAGACCCAGCCACGGCCCAAGUAGAGGCUCCCAGUCUUCUCCUAGGCGGGCGAAGAAUUCCCUUAACCACAUUCACAACCUUGCCUCGGGCACCUUAGCUCGGGCUGCCAGGAGGCCGCGGUGGCCGGGCAGCUGUUGCACCAAGAGGGGGCAGCUGCGGAGUUCCAUAACCAUAGCAACCGCAUCAGCACCACGGCGGCAGUGGCGGCGGCGGCGGCAGUGAGGGCAGCAUCCGCUUGCUCCUCCUCCAGGCAGCCUCUCGGUAGAGACCUGAGACAGCUCGCAGGUGCCGCCGCCGACUCCUUGGUCCGCCCACAGUCGCUGCCUGCCGGUGUUGGCCGCUGGAGAAGGAGACCAGAAGAGAGCGGGACCAGAGCUGGAACAGGGCCCUAGGAGGUGAGAGAGAGAGAGCCCUGCAGUGGGAGACAGGUUCCUUGCACACCUCUGACUCCUGUCUUAUGGGAUGUUCAUUAUCUUCUUUCUUCUCUGGCUAAAAAAAACGUUGUGACUCAGUCAAUCCAUUUGAAUACCAGGAAGCUAUUUAUUAGCUGAGUUGUCUUGAGCAGCUGUGGCUGCCUGCCUCUACUUCAAUAUCCUUUCAUAAAGGUAAUGAACCAAAAAGAUCAUGUCUGAAGUACAAGGAACAGUUGAGUUUUCUGUGGAGCUACAUAAAUUUUAUAAUGUGGAUCUCUUUCAGAGAGGGUACUACCAGAUUCGAGUGACCUUGAAAGUGUCUUCAAGGAUCCCCCACAGGCUGAGUGCCUCCAUUGUCGGGCAGUCAGAGAGCAGCAGUCUGCAUUCAGCCUGUGUCCACGAGAGUGCUGUGCACAGUCGUGUCUUCCAGAUCUUAUACAGAAAUGAAGAAGUUUCCAUAAAUGAUGCCAUGCUUUUCCGGGUUCAUUUGCUCUUAGAUGGUGAGAGGGUAGAAGAUGCGCUGAGUGAGGUUGAGUUUCAGCUCAAGGUGGACCUGCACUUUACGGAUAGUGAGCAGCAGCUGAGAGAUGUGACUGGGACACCGAUGAUCAGCAGCCGCACACUUGGUCUGCACUUCCACCCGAGGAGGGGUCUGCACCACCAGGUCCCUGUCAUGUUCGACUACUUCCACCUGUCAGUGAUCUCAGUGGCCAUACAUGCUGCGCUGGUGGCUCUGCAGCAGCCCCUGAUCAGUUUCACUCGCCCAGGAAGAGGUUCCUGGUUAGGCAAAGGUGGCCCAGACACAGGACCAGAACAGCCCACCAUUUCUCUGGAAAACUUGGUCUUUGGAGCUGGAUACUGCAAGCCAACUUCCUCAGAGGGAAGCUUCUAUGUUCCCUCAGAGAACUGCAUACAACAUGCACACAAGUGGCACCGGGAUCUCUGUCUACUGCUCCUUCAUGCCUAUCAGGGCCUCCGACUCUAUUUCCUGGUCAUCAUGAGAGACAUUCCUGAGCUGCCCACCAUGGAGCUGGAGGCUCUUGCUGUUGAAGAAACACUUUCUCAGCUGUGCUCAGAGUUACAGAUGCUGAACAACCCAGAGAAGAUAGCAGAGCAGAUCAGCAAGGAUCUUGCCUGGCUGGCUUCACAUCUGAUGGCUCUGUGGACCCAAUUCCUGGACACAGUAACCCUGCACUCCCAAGUGACCACUUAUCUCACCCAGGAGCAUCACACUUUGAGGGUCCGAAGGUUUUCUGAAGCUUUCUUUUAUAUGGAGCACCAAAAACUUGCAGUCUUGACCUUUCAGGAAAACCUGAUACAGACUCACAGCCAGCUGUCCCUGGACAUCCGGAACUCAGAGUACCUCACCAGCAUGCCUCCAUUGCCCGCAGAGUGCCUGGACAUCGAUGGUGACUGGAACACCCUGCCUGUUAUCUUUGAAGACAGAUAUGUGGACUGCCCUGUCUCAGGGCAUAACUUGCGUGUUUAUCCUAAUUUUGAUGUCCCAGUGACAAGUCCUGCAAUAUUGAAUCUAAAAGGGGAAGAAAAGAAUCUUAUAAAUCAAAACUCAUCUUCAAGAAAGGACAUUCCCUUAUCUACUACAGAAGCACCCCAGCUGGGCUCUGAUGAAGAUGUUACUAGGCAUCCAGAGGUGCAGGAGAAUGUCCCCCCAUGGAAUCCUAUCGAUGUGUGCUCAGAAUCUCAGGUGUACCUGACCAUUGGUGAAUUUCAAAACAGAGCAGGCAUACCUGAAGUUGAAUGCUGGACUGGCCCUAGGCCUGAUGCUGUAAAAGAUUCACUAACAGAUACGGACAUGUGUAGCAGAAGUCCAGGCCCUGAUGAAGGGCAGACCCCAGCACUGACCUAUAUUGAUGUGCAAUCUAGCAAUAAGUACUGCCCUAGAGCUGAACUGGUACAGGGCAUUAAUGUUCAGCAUGAACACAGGAGCUCAAGGGAGAGCUAUGGUAUUGUUAAGACUGUGCCAAGCAAAGUUGUAGCAGGAACAAGCCAGAAUAAUUCCAUCUCUUUAAACCAAACAGCUGCUCUUGAGUUGAGGAGUCUAGGGAGGGGAGUCAACCAGGAUGGAAAGCCUGUCCUGCUAAGCCUGAAGCUCACCCCUGCUGAGCCCUGUGACCCACCGAGCACUGCUCUGAGGGAAGCUUUGGACACUAAACCUUCCCAGCCUGACCAUGCUGAAGAGCCAGAAGAUCUUUCAGUGCUCUCUGGCGUUAUCAAGAGGUCAGCCUCCAUAAUAUCUGAUUCAGGCAUUGAAAGUGAACCAAGCUCAGUUGCCUGGUCUGAGGCCCGUAGCAGAGCCCUGGAGUUACCCAGUGAUCGUGACGUCUUACAUCAGGUGGUUCGAAGGCAUGCCCACCACAGGAACUCUUUGGAGGGUGGUCACACAGAAAGUAACACGAGCCUGCCCAGUGGCAUUCAGGCUUCUCUUUCCUCCAUCAGCUCAUUGCCUUUUGAAGAGGAAGAGCGUGAGAUGGCACUUAACAAGCUAACCAAGUCUGUAUCUGCACCCCAGAUCAGCAGCCCUGAGGAUUCUGCUGAAGGUGCAGACACCAUAAAGAACACAGCAGGAUUUUCUGAAGAUCUGGACCUUUCUAGCAAAGACAACAGUUCACCCAGACACACUUCUCUUUCGUAUGGUGGGCCUGGGGUCCAGGAUGUUAGGUCAGGACAUUCCCUUGCAGAUAUAGCUUUAGAUUCUGACAGACCCCAGGGCCCUGGGUACAUGGACAUCCCCAAUGGCAAAGGGAAUCACUCUGAUCUUCAAGAACCCUGUUGUCUGGAUGGCAUGGCUGAGACCCCACUACAUGUUGAAACCAAAGGUCUUAACUUAAAAAUACCAUGUACUAUAGUGCUUGAAAAUUCUAAGUCCAGGUCUUUUCAUAGAGCAGCAGUGGAAACUGCAAAAGGUAAACCUGAAGAAUUGAGCAUGAGUAAACACGUGCUCUCCAAUAACAGCAUCUCCGAAGUCAGGGCUGCGUCUCACCACAGGGUGCCUGAAAUCAGUUGUUCACCAGCUGUUGAAGCUGUCAACCUGAAUUCUACAGGUGUACAAAAUAGUUCGUUAAGUGUCAAUGAUACCAUGACAUUGAAUAGAAGACAUAAUGCCUCUCUGGAGGCCAAACAUGAAGCAGGCACCGUGUGCCCCACUGUGACUCACACUAUUGCCUCCCAAGUGUCACGAAACCAAGAGCUGAAGACAGGAACUUCCAUCUCUGGGUCCCACUUGAACUCCACAGAGGCCUUUACUCUGGAUAGCCUGAAGGCAGUGGAAGUUGUUAACUUGUCUGUGUCUUGCACUGCCACAUGUCUCCCUUUCUCAUCUGUACCCAAGGAGACACCUGCCAGGGCUGGACUCUCUUCCAAACAAAACCCAGCUCCUAUUACUCAUCAGCCUUUGGGUUCCUUUGGUGUUGUUUCUACCUACUCCAGCAAGCUGGAAGAAGAAGUCAGUGAAAGGAUGUUCAGUUUUUAUCAGGCCAAAGAAAAGUUUAAAAAAGAACUGAAGAUUGAAGGAUUUCUGUACAGUGACUUAUCUGUACUAGCUUCUGACAUACCAUAUUUCCCACCAGAGGAAGAGGAGGAAAACUUGGAAGAUGGGAUUCACCUGGUGGUCUGUGUCCAUGGCCUGGAUGGCAACAGUGCAGACCUCCGGCUGGUGAAGACAUUCAUAGAACUGGGACUCCCUGGGGGAAAACUGGACUUCUUAAUGUCUGAAAAGAAUCAGACGGAUACAUUUGCAGAUUUUGAUACCAUGACAGAUCGAUUGUUGGAUGAGAUUAUUCAACACAUCCAGUUGUACAACCUCUCCAUAUCCCGAAUUAGCUUCAUCGGCCAUUCUCUUGGCAACAUUAUCAUCAGAUCCGUCCUUACAAGACCCCGGUUCCGGUAUUACCUCAACAAACUCCACACAUUCUUGUCAUUGUCUGGGCCUCACCUGGGGACUCUGUACAACAAUAGCACCCUGGUUAGUACUGGUUUGUGGCUCAUGCAGAAACUAAAGAAAUCUGGCUCCCUUUUACAGCUGACCUUCAGGGAUAAUGCUGAUCUGCGCAAAUGUUUCCUUUACCAACUUAGCCAAAAAACAGGGCUGCAGUAUUUUAAAAACGUUGUUCUGGUUGCUUCUCCCCAAGACCGCUAUGUGCCAUUUCAUUCAGCCAGGAUUGAAAUGUGUAAAACUGCCCUCAAGGACAGACACACAGGGCCAGUGUAUGCAGAAAUGAUCAACAACCUCUUGGGCCCUCUGGUGGAAGCCAAGGACUGCACUUUGAUCAGACAUAAUGUGUUCCAUGCUCUACCCAACACUGCCAACACCCUGAUUGGACGUGCAGCUCAUAUAGCCGUGCUGGACUCGGAACUCUUUCUUGAAAAGUUUUUCUUGGUGGCAGGACUCAACUAUUUCAAGUAGUAGCUUCCAGGGAGCAGCCUGGGUGACUGUCCAGAGCUGCUUAAGAUCAUUUGAGUUCUUAGCUAGGUCAUGCUUUUCCACAUCUCUGUAUUCCAGAGUGGAGUAGAAGGAGAGUGGAGGGUGUGGAGGGAUAAAGCUGGGGUGGGACUGGACACUAGAGAUGCUUGUAUUUGAGACAUUGGGGAAGUUGAACAAACUGCAAAAGAUAACGAUGUUUUCUUGAAUUUGUCUACCUUCCUCGAGUCUCAUUCAAGAUGCUUCUAGGGACAAUAUAAGAAAAUAAGAAACAGACACUUGCCAUUGGUGAGCCCAGCUUUAUAACUACUCUGGCUCAAGGGAAUUGGUUCAACUUAACUAGAGUUUCCCAAUUUGUCACUAAGUCAUAGCUUUAUCAUGUGUUGAUUCAAUUAAGUGCACACAAACAUUUCAGAACUCAGGUUAACUUCUGUGUGGAAGUGAGGCAUCUUCCUGUAAAUAGAACCCUUAAUAGAUCAAACUUACCAUUUGAUCAAAAGAUUAUUCUAUUCGUAUUCCCACCUUCUCUGUAUUUUCUAAAGAAAGGACAAAGGCAAAUGUGAUAAAUCCACAUCUUAUCUUCUAGCAGCAGUAGGUAGGGUGACUUAGGGAAAAGAGAGCUAAAGGUAGUACUGUCAAUAAAUACAGGUUUGGUAUAAACAGAAAGAGCUAUAGGGAGCAUACUGAACCAAUUGCUCCACCUACUUCCUUAAGCUUUUUCUAUGCAUAGUUCAGUCUGCAAAUUUUUUUUUUGAGUGUUUAAAUUCCUCUCUGAAAUAGGGAAGACUGAGAGAAACUCUCCAUAGCAGAAGGAGGCAGUCAGAUGAAUGUAUUCAUGUGUGGAACUCCUGCUGAUGCACUUCCAAAGAAAUGCUGGAUUAGCCUUGAAUGCAAGAGCAAAAAAUUCAAAACCAUUAACAUGGCCAGCUGCUGCUCCUCUCUUUGGAAGGAGAAAGGCAUCCUAAGGGAGGCAUGCUGGAUAAAGAACCUCAGGGGAGCUCUAAGAAGGGUGCUGUUAUCUUUCAAUAGUGAUGUCUUUAUGCCUUAGGAAAAUAAAGGGCUAGGAAAGACCACAUUUGUAGAAACUAACAGAUAGCAGAGACAAAAAGUAAGAUCAGAAUGAGAAACAAAAGCCAGACUGAAGACCUGACCUAAAGUGUUAUUGGUAAGUGACUGAUGCAGAAGUUUUAAAAAUAACCAGGAUAUUUAAAAUGGUCCCUAAGUCUACCCACUGUGUAGGUUAAAAGGCAGAAAGAGAAAAAAUUAGCUGUAUAGAAGCAAUGCAUGAACCAGGUCAGCACAGAUGAUCACAUUGGAGAUAAAGCCCAUAAUUUUUGCAGAAGUAUACUGCACUGUAUAGAAACCUAGCUCACUGAUCCCAUGAGAAGAAAGCCAUGGGAGCAUGGGUGCAUGUAACAAAAUAUAAACCCACAUACAUGCAGUCAAUUCAGACCAUGAGAAAUGCAUCCAGAUAGUACUUUGCAGGACAGUGGAUUGUGAGUGGUAUUGAGAGGGAACUGACAGCUUUGCAAAGGUAGACCUCCCUAGAAUGAGCUCAGGGUUUCUCCGUGGAUCAUUUCUGCAUUUCUUUAUAUCCUGGUUUUACUGCAUGCAUUUAUCAUUGGGCAUUCUCCUGAGAUCAAGUCAGGCUUUGGUACAGACUCUAUCUACUCAGUAGCACUGACAUUUGGCUUUGUUUCUUGGAGAACAAUUUUUUUCCUAGUCAUACAACCCAGGACCUUCUGACUCAGAUAAGUGCUGCUGCUUGCAGCAGCACGGUCAUACUGUAGCAAAUUCUUUUUUUUUUUUUUUUUUUUUUUUUUUUUUCUUUUCUUUUUUUUUUUUUGGCUAUGUGUGGAGCCCUGCCUGUUUGGUCUGAUAUGCUUGUUUUGUGUUGUGUUUCCAACCCUCGUCAUCAGCGUUUCUCCACCUCUUGUCAUUUGGAAGACCAUAUAGCAUUUAUGAAGCCAGAAUGAAUUUGAUGAUCAUCGUCUUUUCCAAUAAUCAGAUGCCAUUUUUAACUUCAAUAUGCUGUCUGGACAUAGUGAGAACUAAAGGCAAUAACUGUCCAGCUGCAUGGCACACCUCUUUUAGGUGUCCUGCUGUCUUUGUAAGCCCUAUGUGGCCUCUGAGAAUCCAUCAUCAUCAUGUAGAAAGUGUACUCAUGUAUUGUAAAUAAGAGUGUCAAGUAUUGAGUGUCAUGCCUCAUUUGAAAAGGCUUUUUUAUGUCUAUUUCUAUUAAAGACUAUAUAUAAUAUAUAUCAAUAUACAUAAAUAGUAUAUGUAUACUGUAAACAUGGACAUUCUAAUAUUGAUUAUAAAGUGAUAAGCAAAAUGCCUGCCAAGAUAAUGAUCCAGUAUGUUUCCAUCCUCAGUUCUACUUUUGGGUUUUGUUUGUGUGAUUAGUAGUUUCCCCAAACUAGUUAGAAAUAAACAUUACUAACCUUGAUAUUAUUUGGAAUUUGUUGCUUGUGAACCAAAUUCAGAGAAAGAGAUAGAAACCUAAAGCAGUCUGGAGUCAACCAAUGACCUCUGUGAUAGCAGAAAUCAGGUGCAGUGCUGAAAAAUGGGGAAGGAUGAAAGAAAAAAUCUGUCUUACAAACAUCAAUAAUUCCAUGACUUUGUGAGCUUGUAUCUAUGCCAUACAGAAGCCCACAGACAACAUGUGAAGUAUGGCAUUUGGGAACUCAAGAAGAACAUACCUUUUGGUUAUGAUCUUUUCAAGAAGAUCUAUGCUAGAACUAUGACCAGGAGCAGGGUGUUGUAGAAUUUUCAUCUCCAUUGUCUCAGUAAAAGCAAGCAGAUAACUUUGAAAGCGAGACUAUAAAGAGGAGACUAUUCAUCCAUAUCCCCAGAUAUCAUUGCAUGCUUUCAUGAUGACAUACCUCAAGUAAAUACAUCUGUAUGAGAGUUGUCUCUGUGCUGAGAUGUAUCAGUAAGUCUGGGAGCUCUUGGCUUAGAAAAAAAAGUGAAAAUUAAGGUUUGGGGACCUACGGAUACUGGAGGGCUAUUGUUAGUACCCAGAGCUAGGACUUUUGCCUACACCGGAAAGGUGCCUGCUCUUAUGAAUUCUUCCCUGGGGACAUUUGAUGUUUGAGCCUUAAUAUGAAGGCUGAACCAAGUGUAGGGCUGGUGAAGGGCUGCUUGAGGUAAUCUUUAACAAAGGGAAGAGAAUAACCAAAGAAAUUAAGGGGCGGGGAUGGAUGUAUAUAAAGGCAAGAGGGCAUAUUAAAGAUGAGAUGGAGAAUCUGAGCAAUAUUGACAAAAGAAGGUGUAAGAAUUUUCCAUUCAUGCAACAUUUUCUUCUCAUGUCAGGAGGAAGUCACCAUUAUUUACAUGUCAGGAGGGAGAGAAUCUACUUGGAAAUGAAAUGCUCAGGUUGCAAGCCUGCUCCUUUCUGUUAUCAUAGCCCUCUCCUAUACCUGUAUUAGAGACCCUUGAUUCCCCAUCCCUGCCAGGACUAUGUUCUUCCUACCACUCCUUACUGAGCUUUUCUUUUGGAGAUACAUAGCAGAAAUAUCUGUUGCAUUUCCUAAUAAGUAACCUGAGAAGGUGACAUCUGACAGGGUAAGACAAAACAUGAAAUAGCUGCUUGAAAAAAAAAUUAGAUUCUUUUAUUAAUUCUGUAAGAAUUUCAUACUUGCAUACAAUGGAAUAUGACCAUAUCCUAUCCCUAACCCCCCUUCAGACUUAUCUUAAACCAUCCUGCCGUUCAUCUCCUCCCAGCCUCAUUAAGUACAGUUAAUAGUAGUACCCAUAUAUGCCUGGAUGUGCAGUCAUCCAUCAGAGCAUGGGAAACUCAUGAGUAGUCACACACUUACAGAAGAAUUCUCCCUCCCCCAAGAAGUUAGCAACUGUCAGUGGCUCCUUGGUAAUGAGUGAGGCCCAGAGAUCAAUUUCUCCAUGUAAGUGGAAGGUUUAGUUGGCUUUAUAUUAUGUAGGUCUUGCGGAAAUUACCAUAAUUGAUGUGAAUACAUGAACAUGAUGUGUCCUGAAGACAACAUUUCACAAAUUCUUCCUAUUCCCCAGCACUUAUAUUCUUGUUUCCCUGCAUUACUUCAAUGCCCCUUAAUCCUAGUCAGGGUAGAGUAUUGAUAUAGAUAUUCCAUUUUGGUUUGUCACUCAGACUAGUUACACAUCUCUGCAAUGACUGCUGCCCACUGCAAAAAGAAGCUGCUCUGUUGAGAGCAACCUUGCCUAUGGAUAUAGACAUAAAUAUUUAGAAGGCAAUUUGAAAAAUAUGACCAUUUACUAAAAUAAACUUGUGGAUUCCAUCUUAGUGUCCAUGACCUCUCCUGACAUCUGAUUUUGACUAGCAUUGCAUUGCUAUGCACAGAAUUCCUUUCUGUGGAGAAGGUCCAGAACCCAGUCAUGCAGUUAUCAUGCAGUGUUGCAUGUUCAAAUUACAUUGGGGGUGAAGUUAAGUAUGUAUUUAGCUAUUCUGGAGUUAAGGCUUGAACACUGAGGCUUCACUCUGUUCUUUGGCUAUGGUACCUUUAAUCCAGAGUCAAUGGGAAAAGAUAUAGUUUUAAAACAUCAAAACCAGACUACUCCUAAGUCAUGCAUAACCUUGUGAGAUUCUAUUAUAAUGUCCUAUGUAAAACACCUGCCUAACCAACAAGUUAGAUGACAUGGAAAAUAUUUUUCAUUAACAAAGAUGGUAUCACAAAUCAUUGUCAGUGAGAGCAGCUGGGGGAUAGUUGGAGUGUUCCAUGACUGGCAGAUCACUUAUGUUGGUCCAUCCCUCUGUCUCCAGGUUGUCUUUUCUUCUUCUACCUACAAUACCAUUCCUAAAACCAUGAUGCUCGUGCUUUCGGUCACUCACAUCCUAGGCUAGCAGUUAUGUACUCAUCCACACAACAAGUCUUUUUAUAAGGGGGAUUGAACCACAACUCAAGUAUUCACAGAGGAGUUAGCCCUCUGCAUAAUAAAUCCAAGCCCCAAUAUAUUGCCAUUAGCUUUGUUUUCAUGGUCUUAUAAAUUAAUCUACUCUUGAGAUUUCCAUCACAUUAAUAUAUUUCUGUUAUGUACCUUAAGGAAAGCACCAUGUGUAAUCCAUUCAUUAAAACCUGAAGCUUGACUAUUUGCUUGGAAUAGAAUAUGGAGGGGAUACAAAUAGUUUUAUGGGAUGUUUGGUUUGUAAAAGGUCAUUUUUUUUAAGCUCAUGCUUUUUCUUCAGUUUUCAAUCUCAGCCAGAGCAACUGAAAAUGAUGUAAGAACAACUCAGUACUGGGUAAUUCGAGGCUCCAUGAACAGUAGCAUCAUAAGAUAAUAAAGUACAAUAGAGUUCUGUGUUAUGAGAAGAGUCUAUCUUCUCAUUUAUUAAACAGGUUUUGAAAAUGAGUAUUGAAAAGCAAUUCAGAAAUAGAUGAGAAAGGAAAAUGAAUAUGCAACAGAAAUUACUAAGUUAGGAAUUUGGAGAUCUGGGGAAGCUUGAAAAUAUUUUGUAGCAAAAAGGUUACUGGGGUGGGGGCAAUGUUGUUGGAAUCAGAAACUUGCUAUGUGACUUAAAAGUGAUUUAAGGAUGGCUUGAGGGACAGUCCCAUGUCUGAAACUUUUAGGCUUAGGUUUUUAUCAGUUGACAUAGUCCAUCUUGGCUCCUAAAUGUUUCUACCCUGUACAUUUGUAGGUUGUUAAUUCAGUGUGUGAUUGAUUAGAUUUUCUAUAAUUUUUCUACUCAGGGCAUAUCAUCAACCAUUACUAAAAGUUGUGGAAAGUUUGCAAUUUUGACACAUAUCUGGAAAAAGAAUUACGUCUAAGAGUAUUUAGAAAUUGAAAUCUGUAAUUAUCAGUCUGAUUCCUUUAUACUGAUCCCAAAUGCAUUUUUAAAUGUCUUUUAGCUCAAGGCUAAAUUAUUGCAUAUGGAAAACAAUUUUUCUCAUUUUCAUACCCCAAGAAAAUUUAAUAAUAAGGUGCAUAACUCUCUCUCUUUUCACAAUACACACACACACACACACACACACACACACACACACACACGCAAAGGAAAAAUUGCAUUAUUUUGUAUCUAAAUAGCAUUGCUCAUGUAGUCAUAAUCAUUUUCUAUGUCUUGCUAAAACAUCUAUGACUUAUAUCCGUUUUUCCCAUAAUUCAUUCUCAAAUAUAUUUCUCUUAGAAACAUCAUUUAUUUGAGAGUUCCUUGGCUCUUUGCUAAAUGUUGCUAGCUAUACAAAGGAUUGUUUUAGGAUGCUUUCUUUAAUCUGGUGGGAGGAAAAUAUGGCUACAAGAGUAUCCCAGGAUAGACUGAACUAAGAGUGCUGGGGGUAAAAUGAGAAUAUGAUCCUGUGGCGCGAACACUGGACCAAACUCCUAAUCUAGCAUUCCUUCAUCACUGUCAAGGUACAAGGUUUUUAAGAGGUGAAUGGUCCAUGAUAAAAUCCAGUCUGUCAAGGAGCUGUUCCUGCCCAGAGGCAUGAUAGGUGGCUGCAAUGUAUAGCCUUUGAAUGCUCUAAAAACUCCAAGGGAUGCUUCUGCUUUUUUCCCUCUUAGCAGAUAAAUAUAGUUGUGUGAGCAAAUAGGAGGCACAUAAUGGCUUCCACAAGCAUGGCCAUGCUUAGACAAGGAACUGCCUUGGACUAAUGUUCACUGAUAACAUAAGAUAAGGCUAUGAGGUUGCUGAUUUUAACUUCUAUUUAUUUUUGCAAAUAUUACCUACCUUCAGAUGAUGAAGAGAGGUAAAGUAUUUUGUCAUGGUCUCAAAGAGGGGACUUGUAUGUAUAGCCUGAUGCCACUGUGAUUUAUAACCCAUAUUUACUCUGCUGAAAAAAAUAUGUAACAAUCAGUUUCCUAAACAAUCUUGCAGAUUGUCUGUGACACAAAAAAAAUUCAUUCAUAACUCAGUCAUUCGUGCCAAUAAGUUUCACUAUUUUUCUACAUUUGCUUCUUGGUUGGCAUUUUGUGUAACAUGUGAUGUGUACAAAUGAUAAAAUAACAAUAAUA